UGACACGAUUAAAAUCGACCCUUGUUUUUUUCUUUUUUUUUGGAUAACAAAAUCGACCCUUCUUUAUAGAUACAAAUGGGUGAUAAUAGAGGCAAAGUACUCUCAGACAGAGAAGACUUUAAGUACAAUUUCACAGCUGCAACUGCAAGUGGAACCUCUUCUCAGGAUGGGUUCAUUAAAGAGCAAGAUCGAUUGCUUCCAAUAGCUAAUGUGGGGAGGAUUAUGAAGCAAAUCUUGCCUCCUAACGCCAAAAUCUCAAAGGAAGCUAAAGAAACCAUGCAAGAAUGUGUGUCAGAGUUUAUUAGCUUUGUUACCGGGGAAGCUUCUGACAAGUGUCACAAGGAGAAGCGCAAGACCGUUAAUGGAGAUGAUAUUUGCUGGGCCUUGGCUACCCUAGGGUUUGAUGACUACUCUGAGCCACUCAAAAGGUAUUUGUAUAAGUAUAGGGAAUUGGAGGGUGAGAAAGCUAAUCAAAAUAAGGCUAACAACACUGAUGAAAUCAAUAUUGAAACAUAUAAUAAUUAUUGAUGUAACUCACCAAAACCAUGGAAAGCAACCACUGUUAAGUUUUAAUCAUUGUGAUU